GAUAUGCUACACAGGCCUGGCAAACUACAACCAGCAACGUCUAUAACCGUCACACGCCCAAACGCUAGCCUAUAGCCUAGCUAUCUUCGUGUCCGGCCGUGCACCCGGCGGGCCGAUCUCGAUCGAUCCACCAUGUGCGACGACUGCGAGUGCUGCGGCUGCUUCGGCUCGUACAGCCGCUUCGCGUGCGGCUUCUGCAUCGGCCUCGCCAUCAUCGCCGCGGUCGCCGUCAUCGUCGUCCUCGUCGUCGGCUACGGCCACGCGGCCCAGCCCCGGUUCCAAGUCGAGGACGCCUCGCUCGCGCGCUUCGCGCUCGCCACGACGUCGCCCGCCGCCACCAUCUCCUACAACCUCACGCUCACGCUCGCCGUGCGCAACCCCAACUGGGCCAUGGGCGCCACCUUCCGCUCCCUCGAGGCCGACUACCUCUUCGACGGCCAGCGCUUCGACCGCGUCGACGUCGCCGCGCCGGGCUACGUCCUGCCCGCCAGGAAGACCGCCGUGUUCCGCAUCGCCAGCGGCGCCGACGUGGUGAGCGUCAUGCUCGGGAGCGCCGGCGUCAAGGCGUACCGGAGGCAGAGCGGCAAGGGAGUGUUCGACGUCGAGGCGGCGCUCUCGGGGCAGGUCAAGUACCAGCUGCACAGCACGUGGUGCAGGCUGGAGUCCAGGUGCCCGCUCAAGCUGCAGCUCGCCGGGCAGGACGCCGCCGCAGUCGUCUUCCAGAAGACCACAUGCGAGUUGCUCCGGUCAUCGCAGAGGGGGUGCUGAUCCAUCGUUUCGUGUUUGGCUGUUUGCUAAUCGCGCGCUAAACAUCGCAUGCGUUGUUUUUUUAUUUAUUACUUCGAUCGACUUCUUUUUUUUUUCAAUUUCGCUUGGUUCUCCUUACUUUUUCUUCGUGUGAGUUUCGACUGAUCAUAGCUUCAUACUGUAAAUGCUAUGUGUGAUGCGACAUUCGGUGUGUACUUGGCUUGUUUUGAAACGCGGAAAUUUCAUAGGAAUUUA